UGCAACGAGCAAGUAAGACACUGAAAUCUGAUCGGCGUGUUCGUUUUGUUUCGGGAUGGCGACAGGCACUUUUUAAUCUGCCGUCCGGGUUGUCCGGAAACGUGAGGAAAGACCGACGUGGGCCCAGUCGAAUGGUUUGGGCCUUCUCCCUCCUUCCGGACGUUGGCUUUUCUCUUCCCGUCGUCCCUCGGGCUGGACAUGGUGGUUCCUGGAGUUCGUUAGAGGCCAAUGUCUGACAGUUGUGUAUUAUCGCAAUUGCAGUAGCUAGGCUCCUCUUUGAAACACCGUGGAUGUUCGCUGCGACGAGCCAACAAGUUUUGCGUAAUCCGGCUCGUGGCUGGCCCUGCAGAGCAAUGGAGGAGCUGGUUCAUGAUCUGGUCUCUGCUUUGGAAGAAACCUCUGAACACAUGAGGGGAUGUCCAGAGUUUGGCGAUGAAGCAUCCCGGAAUUCAGCUGCAUCCCUCCUAAAGCGCCAGGCUAGGAAAAGGAGAGGCAAAAAGAGGAGGUCAGAAAGUGGACAUCACAUUUGGGAGCAUGGCCACUGCAUGAGUGAAGGCUCCGAAUCUAGCUUUGAUGAGGCAAUUCGGGACUACAAAGAAAAUAACACUUACAGUGACUCAGAUGACCACUUGAUAGUUGCCAAACGUCUGUCUUCCCUGAACGUAACAGCCAUUAGGGGAAAGCGGCAUUCAUGGCACGAGUCUGAUUCUGUCACCGACAGUAACUUAGGUAGUAGAUCUUUGCGAAGGAGAAGGAAGGUCAAACGUAUGGCAGUAGAUCCACCAGCAGAGGUCAGUAAUGUACUUCACCCACUGCCCCAGGGCAAAGCUCCAGUCUUGGACUUGAACAGACACCAGGCACAACCAAACCAACUCUGCUUCCAACUCCAAGUCCAGGAGAUCAGUAAGGACAAGGUCAUCAAGAGAAAACGGCUAGAAGUCCCAGAUGAUGGAGCUGUUGUGGAAAGUGAAGAAAUGUGUAAUCCAAAUAAGAACAAAAUGGAGUAUGAGGAACAGGAAGGCUCAGAUGAGAACAUGAGUGACAGUGAAUCCAGCAGCCUUAGCAGUAGUGAUGCUGGCUUGUUUACUAAUGAUGAAGGAAGACAAGGUGAUGAUGAGCAAAGUGACUGGUUUUUUGAGGGUGAACCUGGUGGUGCAUGUGGUAUCGCAGGGAUCAUUCCGUGGUGGGAACAAGAUGAUGCCUUGGAACUCGAGACAGAAUUGCCAGAUCCGGUAUUUGAAAGCAUCUUAACUGGCACCUUCCCCCUCAUGUCAAAAACAGCUCAGAGAGGUUUUCAAGCAAGACUCACUCGACUGUCUGGAAUGGCAAAUAGAAAUGGCAGAAAGGAGCCCAGGAAGAUAUCCACAAAGAUUGACACUCAUGGGCCCGGUAGUAAUGAGAGACUUGUCCAUGUUUCCCUGGAUCCCCAUAACCAAGAACAAACAAGCGUUCAUUUCGGAUCUCUGUGUACAGGAGAUAUCAAACGUAGAAGAAAGGCAGCACCUCCCCCUGGACCUUCAGCAGCAGGGGUUGUUGGUGAAAAUGCCCAGCCUAUCCCAGAAACCAACAUCGGCAGUCAAAUGCUGCAAAGCAUGGGUUGGAUUCCAGGCACUGGCCUCGGACCAGACGGCAAAGGGAUCGCUGAACCCAUUAGAGCUUUACGGCGACCAAAAGGGGUCGGACUUGGCUUUUGCUGACAGGCAAAUACUUAGCUCAAUGGAAAGAACUCCAACCAUAACUCAAAAAAACAGGAAGACAAUGGUAUAUGUGGUCACAAAAUUACGUCCUUCAAACAUUAUCCUUAAUUUGUGUUUUGAAUUCAGCACACGUGCUUAUUUCUGGGUAGUUGUCAAUGCUGAUUUACUGUAUUAGUUGUUAUGGAGGUUUCUAGAUAUUAGGAAGUGAAUUUAAUUGCUGUACACUGAUACACAAGGCCAAAGGUUUUAGCAGCCAUUAUUCCAUUCUAUCCAAAAGGUGGUGAUUGCAAGUUGACUGAGGCUGCAGAUGUGAAUUUUUUAUGAAAUAUGGCAGUAGUCUGACUCUUCCAAUCCCCAUAACAUGAAUAUCUCUGAAUGAUUUGCAAGUUUGUCAUUAUAUUGCUACUACUGUAUUGAAAAGAUAGAGAUAGAUGUCUUGAAUGGCAAUAACACUGCUCCAAAGAGAACUCGAACUAAAUGCAACCUGUAUAAGCAGUUCAGAAAUACUUUUAGUGACUCCUUAAUAUCUGGAAGCCUUUUUGAUUUUGUUAAAGUAAAUUUAUUUCAAAUUUAAUGUUGUGUUUUGUUCCACUCAAACAAAAGUAUGUACACUGAUGGGGAAUGAAAGGGUUUUAUUAGCAUGACAAAAAGAAUAAAGAGAGACUUAAUUGUUAAA